AUGAAAGACCUCAGCAUUAAUUUAAUGCACGCAAAAAAUCCAACAUUUUUUUUGGAAAGUGGAUGGAAAAAGUGCAACACGUAUGAACAAGAUGCCGGCAAAGAAGUGACUGGAGGGAAAAGUUUUUACAGAGGGAAGAUCGAAAGGGUAAAAAUGUUUAAGGAUAUAUUUUACAGCAACAACAUCAACAACAUCAACAACAACAACAACAACAGAAACAACAUCUACAACAACAUCAACAACAACAAAAGCAACAACAUCUACAACAACAUCAACAACAACAACAUCGACAACAACACUAUAAUCACUGUCACCCCCAUCAUCAACAACAACAACAACAAAAAUAUCAACAACAGCAUUAUUGUCAUCUUCAUCAACAACAACACCAACAAUAACAACAAGUUUCACAUGAGCUAUUACUGCUUGAUUGAUGGUGUUAACACGCGCAACGUGUAG